CUUUGCAACGCAUACAUACCUAUAUUCUCUCUCUUCCUCUUCAACUUCCUCCAUGGCCACUUCAACCCAAUCCCAAACGAACCACCCAGAACAAAAACCCACAAUUCCCGACCUCGAUAUCGAGCAACAACCUGUUGGAGUGCUCGAAAUUGAGGUCAUCAACUACUCUUCCCGAGCCCAGUGGCUCAGAGCUGCAGUUUUAGGCGCAAACGACGGAUUGCUCUCAACGGCGUCGUUAAUGGUGGGAGUUGGAGCCGUCCACAAGGACGUCAAGACCAUGAUCCUCACCGGAAUCACUGGACUCAUCGCCGGGGCUUUGAGCAUGGCCAUCGGUGAAUUCGUCUCUGUCUACUCCCAAUAUGACAUAGAAAUGGCUCAGAUUGAAAGGGAGGAAAUUAGCGAGAGCGAAAUCGAGGAAAGGAAGGGGAACUUGCCAAGCCCUCUGCAGGCGGCGGCGGCCUCUGCCUUGUCUUUCGCCGUCGGGGCGUUUGUGCCGCUGAUAGCGGCGGGGUUUGUUAAAGAUUAUUACGUGAGGUUGGGGGUGGUGGUGGCGGCCGUGAGCUUGGCUCUGUUAGGAUUCGGAGGGCUAAGCGCGGUCCUGGGGAGGGCGCCGGUGGUGAAGCCUUCUCUUAGGGUUUUGAUCGGAGGGUGGUUGGCCAUGGGGCUGACUUAUGGGUUAACCAAGUUGAUUGGUUCUACUGGAAUCUAAAUCGCCAGGAAAAAAAAAUCUAUCAAGAAAAAAGCUCGUAACUCAGUGUGUUACAUAGCUCUCUCUCUCUCUCUCUCUCUCCAAAAUCAUCUCCUAUACAUGCAAAAUGAAUCUAUAAUUAGGUUUCGUUCGGCUAAAUAAUUCAAUUGACUUUUUUAUUUUUAUUCAAUUUUUUUUGUAUUUAUUAGUUUUUCAUUAAUUUUUUGAAAAUUAUUGCAUCGCCAUGAUAAGAGUAAUCUAAAAAGUAAAAAUUACGAUCGGAAUCUAAUUUAUUUGAAUAAAGACAAAAAUAAGCCAAUUUUUUUGUCUUUAUUAAAAAAAAUGAAUUUUGAUCAUAAUUUUUUACUUUUUAAAUUCAUCUUGUCGUGAUGAUGCAAUAAUCCCCCAAAAAUUGACGAAAAACUAACAAAUACGAAAAAAAUUGAAUAAGGACAAAAAAAUAAGUCAGUUAAUUUAUUUAGCUGAACAGGGCCUGAAUUUUAGGGUGAAUUAGGGUAUGUAUUAGUAUUUGUCAUAAAGCAUAUUUUUUUCUCUUUUUUUUUGUGUCUUUUUUGGAAUUUUCUUUCUUAAUGUAAGCAAAAAUAAUGUAAAAUGGUUGUAUGAGAUGGUUAGCUUAGCUAGGGGGUUGGGUCCUUAAUUAUUUCUUGUUUCCUUUUCCUGUUUUAAUUUGGGUAUCUUUACAUAGGUGUGAACAUCUUGUUUAAUUAUGUAGUUGAUCUGCAGUUUAAUGAAACGAUUAAUCUUUUUUACUUACUU